GCUGCCGCUCCUACCUGUCCAGAGAUGAUGGUGGUGGUCAUCUGCUCCAUGGUCGUCACGGUGACAGGGGGGAUGUCUCCCACUGUGGGCUCUGAGGAGCCUGUGGAGCCGGGGCCACUCACGUCUGACGUGCAGCUGCAUGGUGCUGCGGUUCUUCCCGGCGAUGAAGGCGUACUCGCCGGCGUCGCUGCGGUAGGUCUCGGCGAUGAGAACUGCAGCUCCACGCCGUUCCGCAGCCAGCGGCCCUCCACCUCCUCCUCGCUCACCUCGAACUCGAAGGUGGCGCGCUGGGCCCUGGAGGUGCUGGACCCGGCCACCACCGUGAACUCGCCCGCGUCCGACAGCCGCACCGACGCCAGGACCAGCCGCUCCUGGCCGUCCUUCAUCCACAUCACCUGCACGUUGGGCUCCGACACCUCGCACUCGAAAGUGGCUCUCUUCUUCUCCGUGAUCUUCAGGUCCUUCAGGUGUUUGGUGAACUCCACCACGCGGGCUGGAACAGCAGGGGUUAGGCUUGGCUUUGGUCACGGCGGAUCCGGCCUUGAAGGCGUACUCAGCGCUAUCUCCAAAAUGGACGUUCCUGAUGCUCAGAGUGUGGGUCAGUUGUUUGCAGCGGGCCUGGCAUCGGUCCGUGGACUUGAUCUCCACCCCGUUCUUCAGCCAUUUGUAGGAGAUUCCCUCGUAGUUGACGGUGACCUCGAAGGUGAUGGUGUCUUUCUCCUGAGCGUUCAGGUUCUGCAGCAUCGUCGUGAUCAGAAUGGCUGGAAAACAUGGAAGCCGUCAUCAGAAGCCGCUCAGCAGUUUCCUGUGUGUAAAGCUGUGGCAUUCAGAUCACUGAGGCUUCUUACCCUCGACGGUGAGGCGGGCGCUGCACUUCAGGUGUCCGAUGACCGCGGUGUACUCGCCCUCCUUGCUGCCGUCCACGUCCUGGACCACGAGCUUAUGGGUCCUCUUCUCCGACAGCAGCUUGUAGUGCUCGUCUGUCCUCAGCUCCUUGUUCUUGAACAUCCACUUCACCGGGACGUCGUCCUCCGAGACGCCGACCUCAAAGAUGGCGGUGGCGCCCAGCAGGGAGGUAGCAACCUGGUAGGUGUAUUCUCCAAUGUCGGUGGCUUUGGUGAUGAGGAUCACCAGACGUCUGACGGCACCGUUCACCUCGCUCAGCACGUUCUCGCUGAAGUCGACUGGCUGGCCGUCUUUCAACCACUUCCCUUCCGCACUGGGAUUGGCCACUUUACACUCCAGCACUGCCGUUUGGGAGUCGGCUACCACCAAGUCCUGCAGGGGCUUUGUGAUGGCGCCACCUGGUGGCAGAGGGGGACCGUCAUGCAUUUCCCACAAAUUGGGCAGGACGUGGUGCUUAUUCUUGGACUCGAUCUUAUGUUUGGGACUGGCUUUGAGCGGCUGACUCUUGAAGGUCCAGAAGGGGUCAAUGCCAGGGUGAGAAACCUCAACUUCAAACGUUCCUUCAACGUUCUCCUGGGAGAACUUGACCUCCAGCUGAGCGAUAUCCCCCUCACAGACCGUCUGGUCGGUCAAAGGCUGCAUCAGGGUCAAAGACAGAGAGUGCCGUCCACGGCGGGAGGACAUUACGUAUUUACUGCUGGGGGAGAGCAGCUUUUCUCCAAAGAACCAGCUGCCUUCUGCAUCCUCACGAGAUACCACACACUCAAACUCUCCAGAAUAUGUCUCCGGCACCUCGGCGUUCUCGAGCUGCUUCAGGAUCUCCAGUGGGGCUCCUGCACACAGGAAGAGGAGGCCCAGGAAACGCAGGAGUACUCUGCGUCGUCCUUCAUGCUAAUCACCAGCACGGACAGGAAGUGGACCUUCCUGUCAGAGUGCAUCCUGUAUUUGUCUCCUGAAAAGAUCUCAGAGUUGUUCUUCAUCCAUUUGACCUUAACGAAAGGCUCGUUGGUUUCACACUCAAAGGUAGCCAUGGUGUCCUUCUCAUUGGCUUUAACGUCCUCCAGCUUCUGUGUGAAGGAAAGUGUGGCUGGAAGUCUCUCCGGCAGUGUUGGUGGCUUUCACCAUGAUGCUGGCCGAGUCCUCGGCCGUCACGUCUCUGAUCACCAGCUCACACACGUGGUCCUCCGGCCAGUACCAGUAGACGCGCUCCGUCUUCUCCAGCUGAACGCCGUUCUUGAACCACAGGCACUCGGGAUCUGGCCGGCCGACCACCCUGCACCUGAACCGGACCUCGUCCAUCGUGACUUUCUGCCUCUCCUCCUCUUUCUUUCUCUCGGCCUCCUCCUUCAUCUUGGCAUGGUGAAGCAGCUCCUCCUUGGUCUUCUUCAGCAGGUCCUCGUAGGAGUCGUCCCUCUUACGAGACUUCAGCUCCACAGCAGUGAUGGACUCAUAGUAGCCUUCCUCCGUCCGGCGCUUGAAUUUGGUCCUCAGUUCCGCCGAUUCUUCAGUGGAUUUCUCGUGAACGAUCCUCUGGGCCUUUUUAAGCUUUACCACCUCCUUGACCUGAGACUCCUCUGUGGAUUUCUCAGCCUUCACCACCUCAAACUGAGUUUUUCCAGAGUCAUGUGCAGCCUCGGCAGCCUUAGCUUCAGGUGCUCGGCGCAGAUGAGUUCUGAAGUCUUCUUUCUGUUGGAUCUCCAGCUUCACAGUGUAGUAGAUGCCAUCGUACCGGAGUCUGUAUCUCUUGCUCUUUCGGAUGAGCUGCCCGUUGAGGUACCAGUUGACCUUUGGAGCCGGAUAUCCGGUCACUCUGCAGCGGAAUCGGGCGAUGUCUCCCUCCAUAACGUUGACUGGUUCGGGCAGGAGGACGAUCUCAGCCGUGACUCCGGCGGGUCCGCCCUCGUGGGCGAUGCGCUCGAUCUCGUCCAUCCGGUGCGCCCCCCUGCGGCCCUCAGGGAGCUGGGACUCCUCCACCAGGCCCUUCUCGUCCUUGACGAUGAGCGUGGCCGAGGUCUGGUCCACCCCAAAGUUGUUGGAGGCUCUGCAGGUGAUGACGCCACUGUCCCGGGCGUAGGCCACUUCGUAGUCCAGGCUGCAGUAGCCGAACUCGUUCACCAUCCUCAGCCGGUUGGCAGCAGCCAGAGGUUUGCCGUCGUGGAGCCACUCCACCACCAUGGUGGGGUCUCCGAUGGGGGUCAGUCUGCACUCAAAGUGGGUCGGGCCGAAGCGCUUCAUGCGCACAGAGGUCAGCUUCUUCUUGAACAGCGGCUUCUGCUGCUUCUCCUUGUCGUAAAGGUCUCCCUCCUCCCACUGCUCCUGGCCAUACCUCAUGUGGAGGGGCUCCAACUCGGGAGGGGCGAUCUCUUUGGCUUUGUAUGUUCCUUUGGGAAUAAUCAGCUUCCUCUCUGGCUCAGGCUCUACGUAGUCCAGCUCCACGUUGACCCUGCAGCGCGUGGUGUCUCGGCCCGCCUUGUUGAUGGCGUGGCCUACGCCCGGGACAGCGGCGUCAUCACCUGCCGAGCCUCCAACAAGUUCGGCGUGGACCAGACCUCGGCCACGCUCAUCGUCAAGGACGAGAAGGGCCUGGUGGAGGAGUCCCAGCUCCCUGAGGGCCGCAGGGGGGCGCACCGGAUGGACGAGAUCGAGCGCAUCGCCCACGAGGGCGGACCCGCCGGAGUCACGGCUGAUGAAGACUCUGAGAAGACAAAACCCGAGAUCGUCCUCCUGCCCGAUCCGGUCAGGGUGCUGGAGGGAGACAUCGCCCGAUUCCGCUGCAGAGUGACCGGAUAUCCGGCUCCAAAGGUCAACUGGUACCUCAACGGGCAGCUCAUCCGCAAGAGCAAGAGAUACAAACUCCGCUAUGAUGGCAUCUACUACCUGGAGAUCACAGACAUUAAGUCCUACGAUUCCGGCGAGGUCAGGGUGGUGGCGGACAACCCGCUGGGCACCACCGAGCACACCGUGAAGCUGGAGAUCCAACAGAGGGAAGACUUCAGGGCCGUGCUGCGACGCGCUCCAGAAACGAAGGCGGCCGAGGCCCUGCAUGAAUCGGGCAGAAUCGGAUUCGACGUUGUGAAGGUGGACCGACCAAGUGAGACGGCACAGGACAGGGAAGUUGUGACACUGCGAAAGGCACAGAGAAUCGUUCAUGAGAAAACCUCCGAGGAGUCGGAGGAGCUGAAGACUAAGUUCAAACGCAGGACAGAGGAAGGUUUCUACGAGUCCAUCUCUGCCGUGGAGUUCAAAUCCAAGAAGAGGGACGACUCCUACGAAGACCUGCUGAAGAAGACCAAGGAGGAGCUGCUUCACCGCAUGAGAGAGAAGGAAGAAGCAGAGCGGAAGAGAUUGGAGGAGGAGGGAAAAGUGACAAUCCCCACCAUCAAACCAGAGCGGGUCCAGCUGUCCCCCAGCAUGGAGGCCCCGAAGAUCCUGGAGCGCAUCGCCAGCCAGACCGUCUCACCGAUGGACGAGGUCCGGUUCAGGUGCAGGGUGGUCGGCCGGCCAGAUCCCGAGUGCCUGUGGUUCAAGAACGGCGUUCAGCUGGAGAAGACGGAGCGCGUCUACUGGUACUGGCCGGAGGACCACGUGUGUGAGCUGGUGAUCAGAGACGUGACCGCCGAGGACUCGGCCAGCAUCAUGGUGAAAGCCCAGAACUUGAUGACAUACUUGAUGUUGGGGUGCUUCUGUGGGGAGAUGAUGUCGCUGUUUUUCAGCCACACGAUGUCGGGCAGCGGGUUUCCGAUGGCCUUCACCGCCAGCUCCACCAGCGUGCCCUGCUUCACACUGAUGUUCCUCAGCUUCUCAGUGAACUGGGGCCGCACCAAGGUUUCCUUAGCUAAGGAAUGA